AUGACAGAGGCACCACCACCAUCAGGGAACUCUUCGGUCUGCGGGAGGAUUAAGCAUGUUCUGGAGCUUCCCCCCGCGGCGGGCGAGCUGAACUCGGAACCGGAUCAUUGGAAGAAUAGAGAUCUGAUUCCUCUCCCUCCCAAUCGUAGGAUUUGGAAAGAUGUCGAUUUUAUCGGCUUGUGGAGUACCGUCUUCUUGACUACCUUCGGGUGGCAAGCUACGGCGUCUUUGCUAGCUCUUGGCCUCAACAUCUGGCAAGCUGUUUUGUGUAACUUCAUCGCAAGGCUCUUUCAGGUUGUGUUUGUGCUGAGCAUGGGAUGGCCUGGUGGAGUGUGGCAUAUUGGGUACUCGGUCAGCUCGAGGUAUGCCUUUGGAGUGUUCGGCGGCUUCGUGCCACUCGUGCUUCGCAUCGGACUUUGUACUGUUUGGUAUGGUGUUCAGGCCUUUACUGGAGGGCAGCUGCUUGGUGUGAUCUUAUCCACGAUCUUCCCAACAUACCACAACAUGAAGAAUACGCUACCGGCAUCUGCAUCGAUGACGACAAAGCAAUUCGUUGGAUAUGUAAUUUACAACAUAAUUGUCCUCCCAUUGCUAUAUAUCCAACCAGAAAAACUAAGAAAACCAUUCCGCUACACCAUGAUACUGAGCGGCCUCUCUAUCAUCGGACUCUCCGUCGGCCUCUUAGCAGGUGCCAAAGGCCCUGGUGACCUCGCAAGUAUUGCAUCGAACAGCGCACACGGCUCUAAACUCGGCUGGGGUUUCGUCCAAGGUAUAAGCGUCAUCCUCGGCAGCGGCGUAGUGGGAAUGUCCAGCCAGAGCGACUUCUCUAGAUUCGCACGCCGGCCCGGAGACCAAGUCCUAGGUCAAACCCUCGCCGUGAUGGUAUUCGGCAACAUUGUCCCAGUACUCGGACUCCUCGGCACAGCAGCUGCCUCGAAGAUGUACGGGGACGUAGCUGAACUCGGCCUCUGGAACCCUCCUAACAUCCUUGAACUAUGGCUCGAUCAGCAAUACGACAAUCCCAAGAUCCGAGCCGCUGCAUUUUUUGCGGCCGUUGGAUUUCUGGCUAGUAUCAUUGCGCUGAACUCGAUUGAGAAUGGCGUUUCGGGCGGGAUGGAUGUGGCGGGUUUGGCUCCGAAAUAUAUCAGCAUCAGACGGGGAUCGUAUAUCCUGGCUGCUCUAUCCGUUGUGAUCCAGCCGUGGCAGAUCAUUGCGAAAGCAUCUGUAUUCACGAGUGUAAUCUCGAGUUUUGGCAGCAUCCUCUUCCCCUUAAUGGGAGUCUUCACAGCAGACUACUUCCUCAUCCGAAGCAAGAAGCUUAAGCUUGAAGAUCUGUACACCGCAAACUCAGACAGUAUCUACUGGUUCAACGGGGGUUUCAACUGGCGAUCAUUCGCAGCCUGGACCCUAGGCUUUGGGUUCUCUGUCCCCGGACUGGUAGCCGUGGACCCAAAAUACACAGACAUAAUCCCAGCUGGAUUUCUCCACUUCUUUUACCUAUCGUUCAUUGCUGGGUACCUGAUCUCGUUCACCACGCACUGGCUUUUCAGCACAGUCUUCCAGCCCCGAGGGCUCGGUGAGACGGAUCGACUUGACUCGUUUGGUACCUUUACACCUGACGAAGCUGAGAAACUGGGCAUUGAGAUACCGCUUGCAAGUGAGCAAACGUCUUUUGAUGAAACUGUAGGGAAGGAGGCUUCGGAGACCCAUUCCUCUGUAAUAGUUUAA